AUGUCGGAUAACCAGCCACCUGCACAAGCGCCGGAGGAACCGCAGGAACUUCUGGCGCUCCAGCCGCCCAAUUCGCAGCCAGUUCGCAAACUUGCUCCUGAGCUGUUGACAAUAGUCUUUGAGCACGCGCUGCCCGCCGACUGGACGACGACGGAACCCGGACGACAGACCCUCAAUUUCGCACAGGUCAGCCAUACAUGGCGAGCUGUAGCUUUCUCCUCGCCCUCGCUCUGGAAGAAGAUCUACUGGAAAAUCCCCUCCCCUUACGCAGACGAGUCGCAGUAUGAGGAAGCCCUCGAACUCUACCUGCAGAGAUCCAGAAAGGCGUAUCUCAGCCUGCAGGUGUCCUUCGAGAGCCGAAACGCUGACAUCGUCCGCGCAUACAUGAAGGAGAACAGGGCCUGGAAGCGACUACGCGCAGAGGCAUAUCGCUGGCAAGCCCUCACGCUCGCUCGCGUGCCGCCUGUAUUCCUCCGUCAUACGAAGCGUCUCUCGGUGCCAGCAUUGCGGGAGCUGCAUCUGCUCCUUCCUGCCAGACGUUCGGCUGCCUCUGAAGAGCCGUUGAUGCUUUUCCGUUCAGCUCCCGAACUGCGCCACUUCGAGAUCAAAUAUCCAAUCCGCUACGCCCCUACUCACUUGCCUAAUCAUUGCCGCAUCACAAAGCUUGAGCUUUCGCUCGGCCAUCCCCAUCAUACGUCGACGGUCUUUGCCUGCGCACGCAUUGCCCGACUAUGUGCAGGGACUCUCGAGGAUCUCUAUGUCGUCGGGCACUCAAAGCAUGUGGACUGGAGAAGGUGGCCUGCCCAGCGCGUCUGCUUCCCGGUUCUCAAGAAGCUCAGCUUGAUAGGUUACGCCAUCCAGCUCUGUCAUGCCAUGAUCGCACCUGCGCUCAAAAACACCGCCCUGAUCUGGAUCUAUGUGUAUCCGUACCCGACAGACGGCCUACUGGGGCUUUUCUUGGAUAUGGUCAGGCGAUCUGCGGGCUGCACAGAGAUGAUUUCACUUGCACUAGGUGCUUUACAAGAGUCCACACAAACAAUCACCGAAUGUCUCGCGCAGCUAGGAACAGUCAGGGAACUUAAAUUCUUCAGUGCGCAACGGCAGAGGACGGAAGUCUGCGUGUCCGAGGACAUCAUGCCCGUACUCACACGUCGGGACAACGAUGUCCAGUCCUUGCUUCUGCUUCCUCGAUUGUCGUACCUUGGCCUUGGGUCCACAAGUCACCGUUUUCAUGACGAGGCCGUGACUGCGUGUGCAACACUGCGCGCUUCGAGGGCGGAGGAACGUAUAUACGAAGGGCAACGUCUCCGCACUUUGAAAAGAUGUCAUAUGUACAGUGACUGA